AGGUUGGUACAGUUCUCAAAGGGGUCUGCAUGGGCACUCCCAGACCUUUUUUAGAACAAAUAGCUGAGUGCAUGCCCAGCUUGUCACUUGGAGUGACUGUAUGUCACUUCCUUUUUAGACUUGAGACACAGUAGUUUGUUCAGCAACCCAUGAAAAUAGUUUGUGUAUCAUCAUUGGUGUUAUUUCUGGGUAGUUUUGCAGAAAACGCUAGCUCGUUAGCACGGAAGCUAACCGCGGACGUUAGCACGGAAGCUAACUGCGAAAAGUCGCUACGCAGCUGGAACCCACGACCAGAGACCAACCAACCAAACGCCAGCGAGCGUGAGGGAGCCGGUAAACCCACUUGCCACGUUAGAAACACCCAGCAGCAAGCCUACUGGACACGUACGAGACCCGACAAAAUGCCACCCAAACAGAAGCAAGACACAAAGCAGGAAGAGGAUUCCCUGAGCCUCACUCAAGUAAAUGAAUUACUCCAGCAACAAAAAGAACUUUUUACGGCGCUCUUGCAACAACAACAGGAAAAUUUCAAAGGAGUUGUCAAGAUGAUAAUAGAUUCAACAAACUCACGACUUGACACUUUUACCAGGGAAGUCCAAGAAAUAAAAACCAGCAUCAACUUUACCCAAAAAGAGGAAGACGACAUUAAAAAAAAUCUAAUCUGUCAAACUGGCCAUUCCAAAGACAUGCAAACGGAAUUCUACAAAGUAUGUGACGGCAUGCUUGUAUUAACGGACAAGGUUGACUACUUGGAAGGACAGUCAAGAAGAAACAACGUAGUAAUUGAUGGAAUUGAGGAAAAACCGGGAGAAACGUGGACUGAAACAGAGGAAAAAGUUCAAAAAAUCCUUAAGGAGAAACUGCUGAUACAGGGGCAAAUUGAGGUGGAGAGAGCUCACCGCACAGGAAGACAAGACCCUGGAAGACCUCGACCAAGGCCAGUUGUGGUGAAAUUUCUAAGAUACAAGGACUGAUCAAGGAUCCUACAAAAAGCAAAAUAUUUAAAAGGCUCCAACAUCUACAUUAACGAAGACUUUACAGAUGCCGUACGACAAAAAAGAAAAGAGCUCCUCCCAAAAUUAAAAGCUGCACGUGACAGAGGGGAAACUGCCUACUUAAGACAUAACAAACUUAUUGUCCACCCCCGCACCAGUACUCCAACACAACAGGCUCGAGUUCAACACCAUCAAGCAGCAUACUGAGAAUUUUUCACCACCAGACAAUAAAAGCUCUGACCCUACUGAAGCAGGAAAUUCACAUACCAAAAAACAUGGACCUCGAAGCCUUUGAUGACCCUUCCAACCCUUUGAUGACCUCCAACCCUACUGACCACAAGACGUUUGACCCUGAGAACAACUUGGACCCGGACAAUAACUUUUUCAAGACCGACCGACCGCGAGGCAGCCAGCGACGACCGACCGUGAGGGAGCCAGUGAUGACCGAGAGGAAACCAGCGACGACUGCAGGGGAGCCAGUGACCGCGAGGCAGCCGGGAGACGGCGAGCCUGAAGCAGCCGGGAGACAACCAGCCAGCGCGCGUGAGAGAGCCGGGAGGCAGCCAGCCGGCGAGCGUGAGGGAGUCGGCGACGACCGCAAGGGAGCCAGUGACCACGAGGGACCCAGUGAUGACGGCGAGAGAGCGAGCGACGACAGCGAGGGAACCAACGACGGCCGUGAGGGAGCCAUCGACGACCGUGUGGGAGCGGGAAAUUCACAUCCCAAAAACAUGAACUUCCAACCCUUUGAAGAUAUUGACUAUAAGCCAUUCGAUCCCGAGAACAAUUUUGACCCAGACAAUAACUUCUUCAACAACAAACAAAGGGUAACAAACUCUGACUAUUACCUGGAUGAACAAUUCAACACUAAUAUAAAAUUGGAAAAUGCACUUUCGGUAAUACACUUAAACAGUAGAAGUCUCUAUAAAAACUUCACAAAAAUUAAAGAAUACCUGACUAAAUUCAAUAAAUUUAAAAUAAUUGCCAUAUCAGAAACUUGGCUUGAUGAAGAUAAAACAACUGAAAUGGAAAUAGAAGGUUAUGAAAUGUUUGCAACUAAUAGAGAAAAGAAAAAAGGAGGGGGGGUUGCAAUAUAUGUAGACAAAGCACUUAAAUGCAGUAAAAUCGAGAGAUUGACAAACACAAUAGAAAACCUAAUGGAAUGUCUAACCAUUGAAAUACACAAUAAAAAGGCAUCAAAUAUCAUCAUAAGUUGCAUCUAUAGGACACCAGGAACAUGUAUUAACACAUUCAAUAAAAAACUAACAGAUAUGCUCAGUUACUACAACGAUAAGAAAACACGAAUAAUAGGUGGUGACUUUAACAUUGACUUAUUAAACCCAAAUAGACACAAAAAAACAACUGACUUCAUAAAUACUAUGUACAGCAACAGCUUUUUCCCAGUAAUCCUGAAACCUAGCAGAAUAACAGUUCACACUGCCACAUUAAUAGAUAACAUAUUUAUAAAUAAGAUAGAUCAUAAAAUGGAAAGUGGACUUCUCAUUAAUGACAUAAGUGACCACCUGCCUGUUUUUGCAGUUUUUCAUAAUUAUUUCGAUAGAAAAGCUAAAUCAACAACUCGUAUAACAGAAAUAAGACUACGAACCCAACGUUCCAUCGAUGCCUUUAAGCAAGACCUAGAAAAACAAAACUGGACCGAGGUCUACUCAAACGAAGACCCAAAUACAGCGUUUGAAGUAUUUCAGUCUACCAUAAUCUCCUUAUAUGAUAAACAUUUUCCAUUAACUAAAGUUUCCAAAAAGUAUAAAGACCCAAGUAAGCCAUGGAUAACGAAAGGAAUAGAAAACGCAUGUAAAAAGAAAAACAAUUUAUAUAAAUUGUUUUUAAAAAUUCAGAACUGAAGAAGCAGAAAAAAAAUAUAAGACCUAUAAAAAUAAACUAGUAAAUAUUAUAAGAACCAGUAAAAGAGAUCAUUAUCAUGCACUAUUAGAGCAGAAUAAAGAUAACACACAAGAAAUAUGGAAAAUACUUAACCAAGUAAUCAGAAAUAGUCCUAAAAAAUGGAUUAUCCAGAGUAUUUUAUCAAAGGCAAAAAUACUAUUUUGGUAAAACUGCAGAAAUAGCAACUGAAUUUAAUGAGUAUUUUGUCAACAUCGGCAGUAACCUAGCAAAACAAAUUCCUGAUCCAACAGACCUGUUUGAAAUAGAUACGUAGAAAAAAACUCCUCCAUGAUGUUCCUUACUGCUGUAAAACAAGAAGAAGUAUCAAAUAUUAUAAAAACUUUUAAAAAUAAAAAGUCAACUGAUUGCUUUAAUAUUGAUAUGACAAUAAUCAAGCAGAUUAUAGAAUAUGGAGUGCGACCUUUCACGCACAUAUGCAACCUGUCAUUCAAAGCUGGUAUCUUUCCAUCAAAAAUGAAAAUUGCUAAAGUUAUUCCAAUCUAUAAAAGUGGAGAAAGACAUCUGUUCACAAAUUAUAGACCAAUAUCACUACUAGCACAAUUUUCAAAAAUAUUAGAAAAACUAUUUUCUCGCAGACUUGAUAGCUUUAUACAAAAGCAUGCGCUGUUAAGUGAGAAUCAAUAUGGCUUCAGGGAAAAACGGACCACCUCAAUGGCAGUUAUGGAGUUUGUGGAAGCAAGAGCCACUAAUAUAGACAACAAAGAAUUUACUGUUGGGGUUUUCCUAGAUCUAAAAAAAGCUUUUGACACAGUAGAUCACAGUAUAUUAUGAGCAGAAAUAUUAUGAACAGUAUAUUAUGUAGCUUAUAAAUGGAUAAAAAGUUAUUUAGAAAACAGACAUCAGUACGUGCAACUCAACAAUAAAAAAACUAAUCAACUGAAAAUCACUCACGGAGUUACUCAGGGGUCAGUGCUUGGUCCAAAACUAUUCAUCUUAUAUAUAAAUGAUAUCUGCAAGGUCUGAAAACAAUUUAAAUGUGUCCUAUUUGUUGAUGAUACAACUUUCUACUGUUCUGGAAUAAAUCUGAAACAGCUCCUGACAACCGUAGAAAACGAAUUAAACAAAUUAAAAAACUGGUUCGACAGAAAUAAAUUGUCACUUAACCUGAAAAAAUCGAAGUCAAUUGUUUUUGGCACAAGACCAAUCAAACACCAAGCUAAAAUUAUGGUAAACUCAAUUGAAAUAGAAAGAGCGUAUGAAACCAAGUUUCUCGGAUUAGUAAUAGACUCAAAACUAUGUUGGAAACCACAUAUCGAUAACGUAAAAAGAAAAAUAGCCAAGACCGUAGGGAUCCUCUACAAAACCAAGGAAGUGCUAAAUAAGAGAUCUUUGUACACAUUAUACACUUCAUUAUUAUUACCAUAUAUGACCUACUGUGUGGAAAUAUGGGGAAAUGCCUGCAAAACAAAC